AAACGUCAUAUGAUCACAAGUGCAAAAAUUACGGAGGACAGACAACUUCAACGAACUGCAGCAUGAUGCGGGCGAUUUUCCUCCUAUUUGCGCUCUUUGCAGCUGCAAACUGUGAUCAGCUGUCGGUGUUGUUUUCGCCAAAGGCGGUAGAGUUCAGUGGAAGUAGCCGUCUGGAUGCCGAUUCGCUGCCGGAAGUCUUCGGAGCUGCCCUGGGCUACUCGGUGAGCCUACCUACGGAAUGGGACGGUAUGGUGAUUAAGGAUCCGUUCAACACCGCAAACGGUGCUGUGGUGGUUGUAGCGGAGGGUUUGGACGCCAUCGCACUUGACGGAACCAAGAGCUAUCAGCUGAACGGUAACACCGGUUCGGUAGCGCUUAGUGAGCUGUUGCAAAAGUCCUCGGACCACCAGGGAGUUGGAUUCGCCGUGGACCUCAAAGAAUCGUCCGAUAAGUUUGUAACCCCGCUCGGAACAGUUCAGCCAGACGAUGAGGAGGUGAACCCACAACACCUGAAGCCAAAGUCGAACAAGGCCGAUUCGGAUUUCUUGCGUCAGCUUGCAUUCCUGAAUGGACUUAGCGAUCUGUUGGUAACGUCGACCGAUCGCAUUCCGACCGUGCACAUCGUUCGUAUGUCCUUUGAAGCGCUGUUGGCCGCCCACGAACAAAACUCCCCAGCGUUGGACGAAGCUAAGAAGCUGUUUAUCAGCGCCCUGUCGCAGCUCAAGACGGCUUCCGAAAAGGCCUUCGAUGGAUCAGUCAUCGUUGGAGUCGUAACGGCAAGCGAAGGUGGAGUGGUGGUUCGAUCGAAGCGACAGGCGGGUCAAGGAAAGCAGGAAGAUGAUAAAAACCCACUGAACCUGGCGCAGAAGUACAACAGCAACUACCCCGUCAUGUUUAACAUCAUUCUGUGGUUCAGUGUCGUGUUGGCCUUUUCGCUGAUUGCCAUUUCAAUUGUUAUCGGUACCAUGGAUCCGGGCCGAGACUCCAUCAUCUACCGUAUGACAUCGACCAGAAUGAAGAAGGAUAACUAAAGCUUUCCUUCAUCAUCCGGUGGGCCAUAGGAGUUGCAGCUGAUGGUUAAAUUAUUGUAUUUCCCCUAUUAUGCAUCGUCUCCGUACUUACCAUCAGAUCGUCAGGAGAAUUUGAAAUGCUUUAAACUGGGAAAGUAUUAGUGUGUGGAUACAGGCCACGUCUGCCAGGGCUGCAGCUCCCAACAUCAAUUUAACACCCACAGGCCCAAAGUGGUUGCACACGCACGAGACGGAGAAAAAACCUACCAAAAAGACUCCUUUUUCCGUCGUUCAACAAAGACCACCACGGUAACGUAGCAGGAGCCUUCCUUCCCAAGAAUAUUUUACGCUAGCCACUGUCGUCGUCAGCAUGUAAAUUUUGUUUCCGUUGAUGAUUAAUGAAACCGGAAUGCGGCUUCAGAGACAACGUUUGCCGCAAAGCUGCUCAUCGUCAACAAAUAUCGCUCAACGUCCCACCAGCCCUUGGUUUCAUGCCGUAUUGCAGGACACCAGUGUCCUUCCACUGUUACGAGCCCUCGCGAGAGGGGCAGGACCGAAUCGGAAAAGAAAAAGCCUGCAAUUUCCCUUUGUUUUAGCGUUGUUGUUUAUUUGAGUUUCGUCAGGUGUAGAAAAUAAAUGAAGAUAACAUUCCA